CAAAAGGGAAAAGAUAUGCAUCAUGUGAAUUUGCCUUUAAAGUAUAAGAAGCAAGGUCCACCAAGUUCAAAGGCAGCAGAGAGCCAGCUGCAACAAGCUAGCAUGGGUGUAGAGAAUGUCUUCCACAUGACUGGAGGAGUUGGCCGUACUAGCUAUGCCAGAAAUUCUUCACUCCAGAAGAAGGCAUCUGAUAUGGUAAAGAACAUAACUUUAGAGGCAAUACAAGAACUUUACCUCACCACAACUCCAAAGAGCUUAGGCAUAGCUGAUUUGGGCUGUUCAUCUGGACCCAACACCUUAUCAAUCAUCAAAGAAAUCAUUGAAGCAGUUGAAGGCUUCAGUAUAAAAACAUUUCAACCAUCACCAGAGUUCAGAGUUCACCUCAAUGAUCUUCCCUCCAAUGACUUCAACUCAAUCUUCAAGGCCUUGCCAGACUUCUCCAAAGACCUCAGCGACGAAAGAAGCAAUGGGAAAUCUCCCUCUAUUUAUAUAGGAGCCUAUCCUGGCUCAUUUUAUGGAAGACUUUUUCCCAACAAUACAUUGCACUUUGUCUACUCAUCCUACAGUUUGCACUGGCUAUCUAGGGUUCCUCCAAAAAUUUACUGCAAAGAGGGGAAGUCCACAAACAAAGGAAGUGUUUACAUUUCUGAAUCAAGCCCUGUUGGAGUUUCUCAAGCUUACCUGAAGCAAUUUCAAGAGGACUUCACUUUGUUCCUUAAGUCAAGGUCCGAGGAGCUGGUUGCAGGAGGAAGAAUGGUGCUGAUCUUGUUGGGAAGGAGUGGCCCAGAUCACGUUGAUAGAGGCAAUUGUUUCCUCUGGCAGCUUCUUUCUCAGUCCAUUGCCAUUUUGGUUUCCGAGGGUGAAGUUGAGGAGGAAAAGCUUGACUCAUAUGAUGUGCAUUUCUAUGCUCCAUCGAGAGAUGAAAUAGAACAUGAAGUGAGGAAGGAGGGUUCUUUUGCAUUGGACAGGUUUGAGAUGUUUUGGCUGGAUCAGAGGCAUGGCAAGAACGAUGAGAGCUAUGGAACUAGUAUUGCAAUGACUGUGAGGGCUAUUCAAGAAUCAAUGAUUGGGCAGCAUUUUGGAGAAGGAAUCUUGGACAGUAUAUUUGAAAAUUUUAGGAGAUUGGUGGAUGAAGAAGCGGCUAAAGAAGAGAUUAAGCCCAUCACUUUUGGGAUUGUACUUAGAAAAUUAUAAUUGCCCAAGUAAUCUGAUCCCACUGUGAUAUUUGUGGUUUUGACUUCUGAUUUGGAAUGAUAAAGCAGCGAAAAUUCUAGUUCUUGAA